AUGGCUUCACGAGACUCCCCCGGCUCACCGCUGUCCUCUGUCGGCUCCAUCGACGGAUCAGACCAUGAAGAUAGCCGCGCGCACUCGCCCUCGAUGUCAAACAUGCCGCCCUCGAAACGGCGUCGCACCGGUCCACCCUUGAUAAAUAAAGACCGACACACACCACAGUCUUCAGUCUGUGACGAGAAUCAUCCUCCCCCUUCUCCAACAGCCUCAAUCUCCUCCGACAGCUCCGCCGACAUCCCCAACUCUCCAAGCCUCCUUGCUCUCCUGGGCACCAACCAGGAAGACGACUAUAGCGGCCAAAGCACCGACCAAGUCACCAUCUGUCGAUGGGAUGGAUGCGUGGCCGGCGACCUCGGGAACAUGGAUGGACUAGUGUCUCACCUGCACAAUGAGCACAUCGGGAGCAGACAGAAGCGGUACUCGUGCGAGUGGACCGACUGUACCCGCAAAGGCCAAACGCACGCCAGCGCCUAUGCCCUCCGCGCACACAUGAGGAGCCACACUCGUGAAAAGCCUUUCUAUUGCACACUACCAGAAUGUGAUCGCAACUUCACCCGCUCCGACGCCCUGACAAAGCACAUGCGCUCCGUCCAUGAAACAGACACCAUGCGCCCCAACGACGCCAUCGCCAAGACUGGCUCCACAACCGGCACGCCGGCCGCAAAGCUUCAGCGCAUUCGACUAAAGCUCACUCAGCCUCGGGAACCAGGAACCGAAGCAGAGCCCCAUGUUGAAGCACCAGUAGCGCCCCCAGUCCCUACAAUUCCAACCGAGCACGAUUUGGAAGAGAACUCAAUGCCGGAAUUUGGGCCCGAGCUCGAUUUCGAUGAUCACGAGCUCACUUUGCCCCCGCGAGACCUGUACCGUCUGCUACGACGCCAAAUCGCAUGGGCCACGAAGGAAACAGCACAACUGCAAGUCGAGUGGGAGGGCAUUCGGCCGAAGCGGGAGGCAGCGUGGCGCGAGAAAGAGUCUAUCUUUGAUGAUCUGAUUGAAGCUGAAGUUGGACUUUUGAGCGCUAUGGUUGGGUCUGUGCCUCCGGCUAAUUUGACUACGAGCCUUGAGAAAUUGCAAAAGCAGCAACAACAGUUCCACAGCCAACAGGAGCAGCUUGCUCGGGCGACUGAGGUGCCUUAUGCCGAGGGUGCUUAG